AGUACAACAUUUGUUAUUAUUUACAUGAGAUUGAAUCUUAUUUUGAAUUGCAGAAAAGAAACAAAAUUAAUUAUCCAAUACUAUGAAUGCAGAGUAUCAGAGAAGAUAUAUAGAAAAGCUUAAAACGGAUCCCGUAAAAUGGAAACAGUACUGUGAUAAAAAACGAGAAUAUCAUCGUUCAAAAUAUAUAGAAAAGAGUAAGGAUCCCUCAUUUAGAAAAAGAAUGAAUUACCUACAGAGAGUUAAUCUGUAUAAAAAGAAAAUUAAUAAAGCAACUGAAAUGUCUGAUGCAGAGAGUAUGAAAACUAAGCCAACAUCUUCAAGAAGUUUCAAUGAAGUAAUGAUCAAAGAAAAUCCCAUGAAAUUGGAUGACCAAUUAAUAAACGAUCCUGUACCACAUCAGCAAAUAAAAAAGGUUCCUUCAAAAAAGAAGAAAAGAAAUAACCAACGGAAACUUUAUCGAUCUAAAGAAGAAAAUGAAAAUACAAUCGAGGAGAGUGAAAUUUUUGAUUCUUAUAUAGGAAACUAUAAAACUAAAUCAUCGUUUCUAAGAGCUUGUCAAAAAUUAAUGGUUGCGCUUCCUAAAGAUAGAGAAAACAAAAAAUCAGUUUUGAAAUUUGUAUUUUAUAAAUUUAAUUCGGAAUGCUAAUAAAAAUUUAAUUUUUCAACACCUUCAAAUUGUUCUAAUCAAUGAUUUUUAUUUAAAUAAUAUUUGAAUAUCGUCCUAAGUUUAUAAAUAAAAUAACUUUUUUAAAUGGCCAUUCCAUUCAAUUUUGAGAUUUGUACAAAAUUACGACGAAUUGAAGUUUUUGUAUCCUCUUAGGUUUCUUUCAAUUGCUGAUGCAGGAACACCAA